AUGUCGUCGUCCCCACCGCCGCAAUGGGACUACAUUGCCAAACUCGUGUGCAUCGGCGACUCGGGCUGUGGUAAAAGCAGCUUGACCAUCCGCCUCUGCGAAGGCCGCUUUGUCACCCACCACGACGUCACCAUUGGCGUCGAGUUUGGCAGCCGCAUUGUGCCCGUCGGGCCGCCCCAUAGCCGUGCUUAUCUGCCAGCAGCAGCAGCAGCGGCCGCUGCAUCCUCCUCCGCAACGACACCUGGUACAUCCACACCCAACUCUCUCAACUCGUCUGGCGGGCUCGUCCCGUCCACAAUAUCAGCCAGCACUCUCGAUGGCGGCCUCCCCGACCCGCCACGUGCCAAGCCUGCCGAGCCGCAAAAACACAUGAAGCUCUCGCUCUGGGACACCGCCGGCCAAGAGACGUACAAGUCCGUCACCCGGUCGUACUUUCGCGGCGCCUCCGGCGCGCUCCUCGUCUUUGACCUCUCGCGCAAGCAGACAUUCUUGCACGUCAAGGACUGGCUCGACGACCUGCGCCAGAUUGCCGACCCGGACAUUGUCGUGGUGCUCGUGGGCAACAAGGCCGAUUUGGCGUCGACUGACGCUUCGGCCGCCGAAGGCGAGGGGAACCAGCGGCAGGUGACCCGCGAAGAGGCCGAAGAGUGGGCCCGACGCAAUGGCGUGCUCGAAUACGUGGAAACGAGUGCCAAGAGCGGCGAAAACGUGGAGCACGCCUUUUUGCGUGUGGCCGACCGCAUUUACCACAACAUCCAGGCCGGGCGGUACGAUCUCAACGACCGGCGGUCGGGUGUCAAAGGACCUGGUGCGGCGGCGGCUGCGGCGGCCUCUGCAGGCGGGGGCCGGCCGCUGCGUCUCGACAACGGCGCAUACGGCAAGUCCAACGGCUGUUGUUGA